UAGGCCAGAAAGGCAAACGAAUCGCUAUAUAACUAACUACAAUAUGAAAUUAAAAAAAAAAAAAGAAAAACACAUUGUUCUGUGCGGUUGAUGAGUUCAGAAUAACCACAAACAAUAUGGAACACACAAAGCAUAUCGUUUCCUUUGUUAAAAUUGUUUGUAUGCUUUGUGCUGUUGAUGUUGUCACAUCCUCAAGAGUAACUACCUUGCAAGAUAUGUCAAGCCAUAAGAGACUAUCUUUCCAGGAGGAAUAUCAUGUUGGAGGCGGGGUAGAUGUAUGUGCAGACAUAAUAGGUCCAGAAUGGAAGAUAACCAAACAAGAAAAAGUAGAUUAUUUAUGCCCAGAAUUACUUGUCUGGGUGCCCAAAACAGGCUUUACUGAGUUGGUAAAAGUCAACCAAAAAUCACAACUUGAAGGUGGAUUCUCCAUAGCGAUAUUCUGCUAUGUAUUGCAUGUCUUACCUUUCAAUAUUCAGCCUAUCUUCAAACCUUUCGUUAAUGCAAACGGGGAAAGCAAUGGUACAUAUGAUGACCUUCUAAAGCAGAUUAGAAAUCAGCCCUCGGAGUCUUGUCAAGCAGUUGCUGGUGAUGUUACAGUGCGUGCUAGUCGAACACCAUUCUAUGAUUUUACAAUUCCCUAUCAGGGCGCUGAACUCUAUAUGCUUGUCCGUGCUACACAUGAAUGGAACCAAACCUUGUGGACUUUCUUGAAACCUUUUACCUGGAGAUUAUGGAUCGUGAUAGUCGGUGCAGGUAUUUAUAUUGGAUUUGCAGUUGCAUUUCUAGAAUACCGUGUUGGCAAUCCAAAAUUUAAAGUCCCAAUUCAUCAUAAAGUCGUAAUGAUCAUCUGGUUUCCAAUUUCGACAUUCUUCUUCUAUGAAGGGAAGAUACUUAACAAGAACUCUAAAGUUGUACUUAUCACGUGGCUAAGUAUGAUAUUCAUAAUAGUUCAGAUUUUCACAGCUACAUUGUCCUCAUGGUUGACAAUCGAUCAAUUGCGUCCAAAAUUGCCUUCAAGUUUUGAAAAUGCAGGAUAUCAAUAUGGUGGUUAUGUAGAUAAUUAUAUAACUCAAAAUUACAAUUGCUCUGGCAAGCAUCUCAAGGCUCUUAAAAGCAUUGAAGAAUAUAAAAAUGCUUUCUCCAAUGGUAGCAUAAGUGCUGUUUUUGAUGAGCUCCCUUAUAUCGACCUCUUUCUGGCUAAGUACGGCUCUGAUUAUAUGAAGGUCGGACCAUUAAACCAGCAGUCUGGACAUGCAUUUGCUUUCCCUCAUGACUCUCCUUUAGUAAACUACUUUACAAGGGCAGUAGUAAAUAUAACUGAAAGUGAGAUUAUGAAGGAAAUGAAGGAAAAAUAUUUUAGGUUUGAUGUUCCCAAUGGAUCACAAUCUAACCAAGCUCUUCCACAAAGUCUUGAUAUUCAUAGCUUUAUUGGAUUGUUCAUUUUCACAGGAAUAUUGACCAUAGUUGCAAUAAUCUUGUCUGAAAGUUCAAUCAGGAGUACGAGUAUAAAGAACAAAAUCCUUCCCAUAUCAACCGAGAAUUAGAUCUGUAUUUUGACUUCUUUAAGUUGAUUUGGCAUAGUGAUUAGAACAAACUAGUAUAUGACUGGUAAGAUGUCUUUCUAAGGUUAUGUAUGUAAGUCUAUAACUAUUAAUGUAAGAUGUUAAUUUUCUUUUUUUAUGUAUGAAAAAUUUAGUAUUUUAUAUAACUUCAUCUAUUGUUGAUGUGAAAU